AUGGGUGGCAUAGUUGACAAAACCGCGGGCGUCUUUAUCAAACUCUUCGUUUUCCAAUGGGACUUCGCUCUCUUCCUCCUUAACUUAGUCACUCCCGACCGUAAAGAAGGUCAAGUUGUUCCUAUCGGAUGUCCUGGCCACAAUCUCUCAUGGCCAGAAUAUGUUCCUCCAAAAGAAGGCGACUCUCGUUCUGCAUGCCCAAUGUUAAAUGCCAUGGCAAACCACGGAAUUCUCCCGCACGAUGGUAAAAAUAUUACUUUCGUAGAACUCAACCACAAGAUCCGACAAACCUUCAAUUUUGCCCCUACGUUCUGUUUCUUCGUACCCAAAUUCGCUGCGGAUUUUUUGAACCGAUCUUAUUGGAAGGAUAAGUUCGAUCUUGAGGAAAUUAGCAAGCACAAUGCCAUCGAGCACGAUGCAAGUUUGACCAGGCAAGAUGCUGCGUUGGUACCAGACCAGGCAAAACCGGACUUAAAGCUCGUUCAUGAUUUACUCGCCGAAGCUACUGGGAAAAUGGCAGAUGGUAGCGCUAGGCUUACAAUUCCAGACUUGUCGAGAGCAUUGGCAAAGCGACGAGUUGAUGCUAGGAAAACAAAUACAAAUUACUCUGAAAGUUUCUUCCACAAUGUUUUCGGAAGCUCAAACUCCUCUACAAUGCUCACACUAUUUGGUGGCUCUAUCAACGAUCUCACACCAAUGCUUACCGAAGAACGAUUUUCUGAACACUGGGAGCCACGCGUAAGGUCUCGAUUUGGUCUAACAAUGGCGAAAUUCAACAUGACCGUUCUCCCAGUGGAGAGGGGUGUUGAUACCAAGAAGAUUGAGAAGGAACAGGCCGAAGCCGCAGGAGCGACCAAUUGA